AAAGGCACGGAUCCCACGCUGUAGAUUUCGAAGGAUUCUCGCAAGACUAUUUUCACUUGACAAACAAAAGGGGAGGUCGGACAAGGACGUACCGCCAUGUGUCAAAGCGUCAAAGUUCGAAUCCUGCCAGCUAGAUCCGUGCAUGUUGGAUCCGAGCAAACCGGAACCAACGGUAGUGAUAAUCGGCGGAGGUAUGGCCGGCCUUUCCGCAGCACAUCGGCUAGUCCAGUGCGGAAUGCAGAAUUUCACGAUACUUGAAGCCACGGAUCGACCAGGUGGCCGAAUUCAUUCCUGUUGGCUCGGUGACGUCGUGGCAGAAAUGGGGGCUACCUGGAUCGAGGGUGGAUGCGUUGCAAAUCCGGUAUUCACUUUGGCGGCACAAGAAGGGCUGUUGAAGCCACCGCUCUCCAGACCAGAUCCAAGUAGAGGACUCUUCUGCACGAGCGAUGGUCGCGCGAUAGACUUGCCGGUCAGUAUCACGGCAUAUCACACCUUCAGACACAUCGAACAACAGGCGGCGACCCUCUUCUCCCUGGGUUGCGGACGCACUCAUGGAAAUCUCUUGAACUUCAUGGGCGUGAGGAUCCAACAAGAGCUCCACAAUUUCCCGGAAGAACAACGGUACGAUGCCGCGCGAGUAAUGUACGGCAUGACCAACUGUGUUCGUUGUCGAUGCGGCGAUGAUCUCUCCCUCAUUUCGGCUGACCAGUUUGGUAGCUACAUCGAAAUACCCGGUGGAAACGUCAGGGUACCUCUUGGCUACGUCGGUGUCUUAGCGCCGCUCCUCAGGGAUCUACCCAGUUGCUCGUUGAGGUACUGUAAGCCCGUCAGCUGCGUCCGAUGGGGUACCGUUGGCAGCUCUUCGCCAAGAGCAGUCGUUAAGUGUUGCGACGGCGACGAGUUCCCGGCGGAUUACGUAAUCGUGACCGUUUCUCUCGGCGUCUUGAAAAACCAGCAUGACAAACUGUUCUGCCCUGCACUACCCGCUGAGAAAGUUGAAGCCAUUUCUAAACUUGGCUAUGGGCACGUUAACAAAAUAUUUCUUGAGUACGCCCGUCCUUUCUGGGCCUGGCAUGAAGGUGGAAUCAGGUUAGCCUGGUCUGCAGACGAGCUUUCCGAACGUUGUGACUGGGUUAAAGGUGUCUGUAACGUUGAGGAACUCGCGAGUUCGCAGCAUGUGCUGUGCGCCUGGGUUUGCGGAAGGGAAGCUUCCGACAUGGAGCUCUGUUCCGACGAAGAGGUCGUCGAGUCCAUCACUCGAGUUUUGCGCCAAUUUACGGGCGACCCCACCUUGCCAUACCCGGCAAACUUACUCCGCAGCAAGUGGUGCAUGGACCAGUACUUCGCUGGUUCAUACAGUUACAUGGCGGUCGAAAGCACCGUGGGUCACCAAUGUGACUUGGCCAGUCCAUUGCCAGGUCCUUGCGAACCGGUUCCACCCAUUCUGCUCUUCGCCGGGGAGGCAACGAUACCUGGACACUACAGCACGGUACACGGUGCUCGACUCAGUGGAAUCAGGGAAGCAGAGCGCGUUAUCCAGCUGACAAAGAAGUACGGUGGCCCACCGGGAACAGUGAAAGACACAUCUUGCAAACAGACCUGUCCGUGACCUUUGACACACUCUAUAACUCGAAG